AGUCUAUACACCCGCCGGCUUCGUAGGGGUUAUAACUUGUUCUCUUCUCCGAAAGGACGUCUGAAAGGCAAUUGAAGCCAUGGCCAUAGCCGCCGUCAUCUCUCUAUCCAUCACGCCCUCCCAAGCUCUCGGCUCUCUUCCCCACCUCAACACCCUCCGAUCUCUGCCUUCUUCUUCUUCGUCCUCGUCUUAUUCGACUCUUCGUUUUAGUUCUAUCAGAUCGAACGUUUCUUUGAGGAGCACCAACUUCCAAGUGCGUGCAUCGUCAAUGAGCAUUGAAGCUCCCGGUAGAGUAUCACCGGCUUCGUUUCUUGACAAAAGAGAGACCGGAUUCCUUCACUUUGUUAAGUACCACGGCCUAGGCAACGACUUCAUUCUGGUUGAUAAUAGAGACUCAACAGAACCUAAGAUCACUCCAGAGCAAGCUGUGAAGUUAUGCGAUCGCAACUUUGGCAUUGGUGCUGAUGGAGUGAUAUUUGCCAUGCCUGGAACUGCCGGCACCAAUUAUACGAUGAGGAUCUUCAACUCUGAUGGCACCGAGCCAGAGAUGUGCGGUAAUGGUGUUCGAUGCCUGGCCAAAUUCAUUGCUGAGCUCGAAAAUUUACAGGGGAAGCAAAGGUUUACAUUUCAUACAGGAGCCGGUCUAAUUGUUCCUGAAAUUGAAGACGAUGGUAGGGUUAAGGUUGAUAUGGGGGAACCUAUACUUAAAGCAUUGGAUGUGCCCACGAGAUUAUCUCCAAAUAAAGAUCAAGCUGUUGUUAAAUCUGAACUGGUCGUAGACGGAGUUACCUGGAAUGUGACUUGUGUUAGCAUGGGAAACCCUCACUGUGUGACCUUUGGGAUCAAAGAAGGACAGAGCUUGCAGGUUGACAAACUAAAUUUAGCUCAAAUUGGUCCCAAGUUUGAGCAUCAUGAUAUGUUCCCAGCUCGAACCAACACAGAGUUUGUGCAAGUUUGCUCUCGUUCGCACCUAAAGAUGCGUGUUUGGGAGCGAGGGGCAGGAGCAACGUUGGCCUGUGGAACUGGAGCUUGUGCAACAGUUGUUGCGGCAGUCCUCGAAGGUCAAGCUAACCGAAAUUGCACGGUUGAUCUCCCUGGAGGGCCACUGGAGAUUGAGUGGAGGGAAGAAGACAACCAUGUGUACAUGACAGGCCCAGCUGAAGUAGUAUUUUAUGGAUCAGUGCCCCUAUGAUUUGCCUAAGCUCAGUCAUCUUUCGUUAGAGUGGCGUUAAUUAUUUGAACUGAUCUAAAACCGUAGAUCAUUAGUAUUUUGAAGCCUUAUUUAUGUCAAGUAAGUGAUGUUACAAUUACUUGCACAAGACUGAGAACCAACUGUUGCUGAGUUUUGAAAUGAUUAGUUAAUGUUUGGAUUGGUAAAAGAAUGGUUUUCUUUCAA